CGCAACUAUAAAGAAAGCUUUUGUUCUUGACUUGAUGGAUAAGGAUAUCCUUGUUUUUUUCCUUAUAUAGAAAUCUGCCAGUCUUCUCCUUACUUCCUUUCUUUAACAUGGAGAACGUACUAGCAAAUACAAUCUCAACUUGGCUCAUAAUUAUCCAGUCCGACAUGAUCAAUACUGUUUCUAGUAUUCUGUCUGAUGUUUUCCUGUUAUUCUUUCAACCUUUAUCAAACUUUAUCCAAUCCAAACACAAGACCUGCACACCAAACACAGAAGAAGAGAAGCUUUUCAUGAGGAAAGAAGACAUAAAGAUGGUAAUGGAAAGACUAGGAAUAUUAAUAGUUUGUGAUUCAUCAAAUGGGGAUAACAUGCUUCUGGAAAGGUAUGAUGGAAGUGAGCUUUCAAGAUUGUUUGAGGAAGAGCCUAGCUUGGAGGAGCUGAAAGAAGCCUUUGAUAUCUUUGAUGAGAACAAAGAUGGGUUCAUAGAUAGUUUAGAUUUGCAAAAGGUUCUAUGCUGUUUAGGUGUCAAAGAAGGACUACAAGUGGAGAAAUGUACAAGAAUGAUCAAGGCAGUUAAAAAGGAUGAUGAUGAUGGUGAUUUAAAGAUUGAUCUUCAUGAGUUUGUGAGAUUUAUGGAUAAAUGUUUUGGUUGAAAUCCAUCUCUCUCUAUAUAUAUAUAUACACACUAUGCAUUGCUAUAUAAUUAAGUUGGCAUAAACUUUCUUAAAAGACUCAAGAUUAUAUAUUUCUGAUUUAUAAUGGAGUGGCUAGCAGAAGUUGUUAGAGAUUUGAUUUUAGAACUUGUUCAAAUACUAGGCCUAAAAUACCUAAUUGUUAACUUCUCUAGCUUGUUUGAUCAUAGAAUUAUAUCUUUACAGAUCCUGUUUUGAUAAUUGUUUUCUCUAUGAAACUUUGGUUUCAUUGCAUAAAUAGAUGCAAUACAAGUUUGGAUGGUGGGAGAGUUGUGAACCAUAUAUGAGAGAUUGGAUCCUCGUAAAACUCACUUUUUCACUAAUAGAGAAAUUUGAUGGUCUUUUAGGCUUCAUAUGCUUAGAUAACUCAAGAAAUUUUACGGUCCACGGUUUUCCUUAAAAUUUAUUUUUAUGGUUAAUUUUUUUUUUUCAUGAUUGUUUUUUUAAAUUUUUCUAUUUAUACGGUAUUUUUUUUUAGAAUUUCGUCAAUAAAAUAUCCUUACAAAAUAUUUUAAAAUUUUUUUUAAAAAAAUUUAU